GUUAGCCCGCGCGGAGUGAGGGUGUGUGCGCAUGUGUGUCCUGUGACGAGAAAUUAAAGAAAAAAAAAACUGAUCACGUGCAGACAGUGUGGGAAAAUGUAGUUAAUAACAAGAAAAAAAUAUCAUGGAAAAGAAAAUAAUUAGAAAGAACAGAAAGAAAAUAAUUAUGAAACGCACGUGAAAGUAAUUUGCGUUCGUAAGGAAAAUAAAAAAAGAAAUGACGUGAGGCGAAAAUAAAGAGAAAAUAAAUAAACGAGUAAAAAAAAAGUGAAGUGAAAAAAACAGUAAGGAUGUAAUCGUUUGCCGCACAAAUCAAGAGGAAAAGAAAAGAAAACGAAGAGGAAAAUUGAAAGAAGAGGGGAAGAGUAAAAGAUAAAAGUUAUAAGGUAAGAACGAGAAGAAACAAAAAAAAAAAAGCAUCACCACACAAAUCCAAAAGAAAAAUAAAAGGAAAAAAAAAAACAGAAGAAGACCGUGAGAAGAGAGGAAGAGAAGAAAAGGAAAAUAAUAAAAGAAGAACAAGAAAAUUGAAAAAAAAAAAAUCACCACCACCACCACCACCACCACUAUCACCACUACCGUCAUCACCAUCAUCAUUAGCUUCUGGAGAUGAUGAGAAGGGGGAAUGAACCGUCACUCCCUCUCCGGCGUUCUCUAGUGAUCACGUUCUCACCUUGACGUUCUUACCUGUUACCGUUCUCUACACUCACCGUUCUCACCUGUUUACGUCAUCUACGCACCUGUUUACGAUUUCUACUUACAACGUUUUCGAUACCUGUUAGUGGUUUCUUCAUACAACGUUCGCACCUGUCAAUGGUAUCUAGAGACAUACACGUUCUUACCUAUCAUUGUUCUUUCGUUCUUUACACACAGUCACUUAUUUACGUUCUCCCGACACAACGUUUUUUUAGCUGAUUAACGUUCCCGACAUACAACGUUCUCAACACCUGUAGUACGUUCUCAAGACCAGUACACAUAACGCUACCCGUCUACGUUCUCUCCACAUACAGCGUUCUCGAAAGCAGGCAAACGUCACCGCUGAGAUUUUUAUUACCAGGAUCAACUCGGCUCAGUUUUAUCAUAUUAUUUUGUUGUGUAAUUCUUCCUUUCCGGGUAAGAAGUGCGGUGUGGUGUUGUUCGGUUAUCUUAUCUGCCGAACUCAAAAAAGAAGGAAGGUGGAUCUUAUUGAGUGAGAAAUGUGACUGUGCAACGGAGGAAAGGAAGGAGAAGGAGAAAAAGGAGUAAGGAAAGGAACGUGAGGAGUAAUAAAGAGAGUGUAAAGCUUAAAAAAAAAAGGAACAACAACAUUAAUAGUGAGAAAUGUGAGUUUGUGACAGUGGAAGAAGAGGAUGAGAAGGAGAAAGGGAGGAGAAACGAGAGAAGAGAAUAAAAGAGUGUAGAGCCUAAAGAAGAAGAGGAACAAGACCAAGAACACGAUUUAGAAGAACGAGAUCACAAAGAAGAACAUCAAGAAGAAGAACAAUAAUAACAGCAAACACGACAACGACAACAACAACAAAGGCGAUAAGGAGAAGAAGAAAGAAGAAGAGGAAGAAGAAGAAGAGGAGGAGGAACAGGGACAUGUAAACGCAUUGAAAGACCAGCUGCAAAGGAGACAAGAAGAAUAGGAGGAAAGAGGAGGAGGAGGUGGAGGAGGAGUGGGAGAAUGACACGCCUCCUCACUCCACCCUCCACCCACACCGACACCCACACACCCACUGACGGACAGGGAAUGGCCAGGGAGAGCAACAGCUGUCUCAGGAAGGAAGAAGAAGAGGAGGAGGAGGGAGGAGAGGAGAAGAGGAUGCAGAUAUUGAAGAGGAAAAGUGUGGAGGGAAUGGUGGAAGAAGAGGAAGAGGAGGAGGAUGUGAUGGAAGUGGAGAAUGGAAUGAGUGAGGAAGAGGAAGAGAUGACGAAGGUGGAGGAGAAUGGAAUAGGUGAGGAGGAAAGUGAGGAAGAGGAGACAGAGGAAGAGGAGGAAGAAGAGGACUGCAGUGAGAGUGAAAUCAACGAAAAACAAGGAAGGGAUAGUGACGUGGAGACAGAAUGGGACAGAAACAUUUACUUGACUCACCCUCAAAAUAAUGAACAAAGAAAACGGAGCAGUAUUGAAGGGAGACUCCUGGAAACUAACGGUGAUGGUGCUAUUGAAGGGACAUUGAUGGCAAGCUAUAAUGAUGAUGAUGAUGAAAGUGAUGUUUGUGUUUGUGAGAAGUACGAGAGAAUGAUUAAUGACGAACAUGAGAACGAAAAUCACUCUCCAGAUGACGAGGACGAAAGAGAAACCGAUCCUGAACACAAUAUAAUAAAUGGGAGACUCUUAGGAAGUUAUGAAGAUGGUGAUACCGAUGUUUAUGUCCGUGAGGAAGACGAGAGGAAGAAAAGCGACGAAAAAGACGAACAGGAGAACAAAAACGACUCUUCAGAUGACAAAGAUGAGAAAGAAAACGGCCCUGAACAAGAGGAAGUUAAAGGGAAACUGCUACAAGGCUUUGAAGGUGCUUUUGAUAGUAAAGUUUGUGUCCACGAGGAAGACAUGAGAAAGAAACACAACGAACUAGAUGAAGAUAAGAAGGAAAAUGACUCUCCAGAUGAUGAAGCAAAGAAAGAAAACGACCCUGAACAAGAGGACGUUAAAGGGAGACUGCUACAAGGCUAUGAAGGUGCUUUUGAUAGUAAUGUUUGUGUCCACGAGGAAGACAUGAGAAAGAAACACAACGAACUAGAUAAAGAUAAGAAGGAAAGUGACUCUCCAGAUGAUGAAGCAGAGAAAGAAAACGACCUUGAAUACGAUAAAAUGAAAGGUGGACUCCUGCAAAAUUAUGAAGCUGAUAAUACAAAGGAACACAAGAUAGUAAUACAACAGGACAAGAGGAAGCAUAACGACCAACUAGAUGAAGAUGAGAAGGAAAACGACUCUCCAGAUGACAAUUACGAAGGAGAAAAUGAACCUAAACACGAAGAAAAUGAAAAAAAUGAGCCUAUUGAUAACGCCGACGAAGAUGAAAGGACACACAACCAUGCCAGGGACGAGAGUGACACGUCUGUUCACUCUCGCGACGGUGAUGUGACGCUGGACUAUGCCACUGAUGAUGAUAGUGAUGAUGAUGAUGUGGAUGAAGUCCGUUAUGGUAGGAUGCGUGAAGAUGCAGCGGUGAACAGUGAUAGUGACGUAGAUACGAUGAGAGACAAGGAUGGUGAUGAUGGUGAAAGGGUUCUUGGCACAGGAAAAGGGGAAGAACAUGUACUUGAUGGUGAUGGUAAUGGUGAUGGUGACUGUGUGUUUGUUCAUGGCUUGGGGGAAGAAGAUGGUAUCCGCGAUAAGGUAAAAGAAAACGAUGAUGAUGAUGAUGAUGAUGUGGACAGUAGGUUUGAAGAGUUGUUCCUUGCCUCAGAAUAUCAGGAAGAGAGGAAAGAAGAAAAGGAAGAAGAUAAAGUUUUUUGUAAUGGAAAGAACACUAAUAUAUCCUCUAUGGCUAAAAAUGAAGGUGAACAUGACAUUGAAAGUGCCCGAGACAAUGGUGAAUACAACCAAGAUGCACAGGUCACCCCUCCAGAUUAUAGCAAUGAAGGUGAAUAUGCUCCUGAUAGUGGCAGAGAAGAAGACGAAAGCCCAGACGAUAAAAACGACGCACACCUCAACCCUGACAAUGAAAAUGAGGCUGUGUACGCCCCAGACAGUACCAGGCAAAGCGAAAAUGAGCGUCGUAAUGAGAAGGAAAAUGAGUCUAUAGCCAUGACCAAGAUUAAUAGUGAAGAUGACUCAAGUAUAAUGAGACAUACAUAUUCCCUCGAAAGAAACGGUCACUUUCAAGACAUUCACUACAUUAACGGAGACGAUGAAAGUGAUAAUGAUGAUGAUGAUGAUGAGUUUCUGUAUUCAGUAAAAAGAAAAAGUGUUCAUGAUGGCACAAAUGAUGAGGAAGAAGCUCAAGAAAGUGAAGAAGAUGAUGAAAGUAAAAAUGAGCUUAUCAGUGAAGGUGAUGUCCAGAAAAGCGCCGGGGAAAGUGAUCAUUUUCCCGGUGGCUUACAGGACAGCAAGGAAGGUGAUAAAACUGAGUCUGAAAGUGCUAAGGAAAAGGAAAUCAUCUACCAAGAAGGUGAAAGUAGUGAAGGUGACUCCAAAAUUGUCCAGACUACUACAGACAUUCGUGAAUAUUACUUAAACAAUGUAGAGUUUGCUGAAGACGUCAUGAGCAGGGAAGAACAUGUCCGGGAGGGUACAGAAGACAGUGCUCAUGUGUCUGAAUGUGCUGGUGUCCCUCAAGACAUCCAUAUCAGAGGACCGGAGAAUGAAAGAGACAGCGAUAAGGAACGCAUAUGUGAGUGUGCCAAAGAAAUUGACGCUAUUUUUGCGACUCUACUGGAUAAUGAAGAUGCUCGUGAAGGUGUUACAAGGGACGAUGCCGCAGAGGAUGUCCAGGGUGAAGAUGAUGACCGUGAACAUAAAAUGGACAAUGACCAUGACCCAGCAGGUGCCAACGUUAAUGGAGGCCAUGGAAGUGUCCCAGAGAGCCUAGGCAAUGAUGAUGAUGAUGUGUCUGAAAGUGACAAAAGCAGUGAGGAUGUUCCAGUCAGUAGCAGCUUCAGUGACGAUGAUGAGCCCGAGCAAGUCAGAGGCACGACUUGUGUUCCUGAGGGUGCUCCAGACCAUGAAUGUGUCGCAGGACAUGAACUCAAAGGGACCCAUGAUAGCCGAGAUGUUCCUCGGGGUGUUGUGAACCAUGGUGACGCCCCGGCACGUGUCCAUGGCCCCGAAGGUGUCCAAGAGAGGGUAAUAGUCGGGACAGUUGCCCCGGGAGGUGUGCAAGACACCAGCGGUGCCCGCGGCAGCACGAGGCACGUUGCCAGUGUCCCCCUGUGUGCCGAAGGCGCUGGUGACUCCCCUGAGCCAGAGAGGAGCGGCUCGGGCGGCCCCGAAGGUGCCUGGAGGGCCACUCUUCCUCCCCACACAGGGCGUGGAGGGGCUGACGUUACUGAUGGCGUCAAGACACCAGAGACCCGCCACACAGGCUCCCGCCUGUGGGAACCAGUCCUUGCGUCCGGGUGUGGCUACAGUGCCCGGGAGGGAGGGUCCCACCCAGCCCCUGGGGUGGAAGGAGGGGCGGGGGGCGUGGCCUGGCUGUCUGCUGGACGCUGGGGAGGCGCGAGUGAGGGUCGUGACAAGGCAGGGCAGCAGCGACUCCCACGGCGGGUCAGCGGCGCCAAGCACCAGGCAGACGAUCCACUGGCGUGCCUUAGGCUGCGGCCCGCGCCCCUGCCCGGUCCCCGCUGCACCUGUGGCACCGCUGCAUCCCCCUGGAAGACCCGACCCCUCGGAGCCCAGCUGGAGCCGCAGCCUCAGCUUCAGGAACCUUUGCCUCAGGGCCUGUACCGCGGCCUGCCCCUCACGCCGACGGCGUUGCCCGGCGAGGACCGCGGCAGCCUCAGUAACCCACAGGCGGCGGGCAGGGGCGGCGGCCCCCAUAUGGCAGCGAGCAAUCCCACCGGGCGGGCGGGGCACCUCCACACAUUUUGUCGCCCCGUCAGUAUGUCGGGAGGCUUCGUGCCCAGCAGCGGCCCCCUGGGACUGGCACCCCCACCCACCCUCGCCCUGAUUCCAGGGGGUGACGCCCCGGGGCUGGGCGGCCCCGGCUACGCCCUUAGCAUGCCGCACCCCACCAGGAGGCGCAGUGUGCGCUCUUGCAUCCUGCCCGAGGGCGCCUUCACGCCCCCGGCCGCCCCUUUCAUCCCCUUCCCCGGGACGCUGCGCUCCAGGGUUCAGUCUGAACCCAACGUGUCGGGGCGGCUGGUUAGCACAGGCCCCACCCCGUCCCGCCCAGCAACGCCCCGUGGGUUCUCGCAGCUGUUCUCCGGCCGCAGGAAGUCCAUCGCGUCGUGCAUCUUCCCCGCGACGGGCGACGAGGAGGACGCGGCGCCCUACGCAAAGGCCCCGCGUGGCCCCGCCCCCGCGCCCGCCCGGCUACCCCAGGACAAGCUCGGCGGGGCGGCGCCACCCGGUGGGUGGAACUCCCCGAGGCAGGGCUGUUGCGGCGCCUCGCCCCUCUGUCCCGCCCCGCCCUGCGGCUCCGCAGAGCCCCGCCCCAGACAGCCGCGGCCCGCCAGGCUGCGGCCACACUCCCUCGUCAUCAUCCCCGAGACGCAGGUGGCCUCAGCCCCGGGGUACGACCAGACUAUGGCCAGGCUGCAGGGUGACGCCGCGCCUGACGGCCCCAUGUCUCAGGAGGCGAGACGCGCGCCCCGCCGCUCGUGGUCCUUCAGCCCCGCCGACGCGCCUCGCCCGAGGCGUGACCUCGCCCCGCCGCACGACGCCCCAGCCCUUAGCAGCAGCAUGCGAAGGACGGCCAGCCUGCGGCGACUCUUCACGCAGCCCUCGCUGCGCGCCGCCACUGACGUCAUCUUCCCGUGGCGGCGAGGGGAGCCGUCCAAGGGAUCCGGGCGCAGUAGCCCCGCCCCCUGUGAAGCCACCAGCCAAUCACCGGGCGUCCCUCUCAGCGCCGGCCAAUCCCCGAACUCCCUGCCGCUGCGGCCCGACGAGCUGACCAAUGGCGACGCGCGUGGCAAGGAGGGUGUGUGGUGGCGAGGGCGGCCCGGCAGUGGAGGAGGAGGUGGAGGCAGCGGCGGAGGUGGAGGAGGAGGUGGAGGCAUUAUCCGCACCAUCAGGAAAGAGAAGGCGUCCUCCUCCCCCGCCUUCAGGAGAGCGUCCCUCAGCCACUCCGAAUGGGACAUCAGGAGCCGUCCCUGGUCCCACUCGUACGGCGGGGGCGAAGCAGCCAACCUCAGCCAAUCAGUGUGCCGCCUCGCCGUGACGUCAUGCGAAGAGGGUGGUACGGGGGGCGACGAGAGGGGGGGCGGGGCAGGACCAAGCUCCCUCCCCCACAUGCCCCUCUCCUCCGCCUCCACCACCUCCUCCUCCAACUCCUCCGAGGGCAGCGGAGUGUUCCAAAAAUUCAAGAAAUCUUUGUCCCUUCGUCUCGCUCGUAAGGGGAGCAGGGAUGGCACCCCCACCCUGCCCCCGCCCCCCCACAGCGCCCCCCCAGCCGCGCCCCCCGAUCCCCCGGAGGACUCUACGGGUGACCUCUCCCCCCACCCCCACCACCCCCACCCUCACCAGCAGCUGCCGCGGCGGUGGGGGUCGUUCAGCCGGGACGACGACCCCGCCAAGACGACCUUCCUGUUCGGCCACCCGCUGUUUCGGUCGAGCAAGGAGCGUCGCCGUGCCCGCCUCCGGGAUGCGCGCGCCACCAAGUGCAACUCCGCCGACUCCGGGGACUCAGGCAUCGAGCUGGUCACGGGGUCAGGUCACGUCACCACCCCGCCCCCCCCGGCCGACCCUGACCUUUUUGGCUCGUUGGGCGUCGAUUCGGCCUUCACGGCCAGUCUCGCCGAUGACGCGAGCGGGGGCGGCGGCAGCGGCGGCGGGGGGCUGAGGGAACCGAACCCGCGUGCGGUGCGGCGGACUCACAGCGACGUGGGGGGACGCGGCGCCACCUGCUACUCGCGCCAGCUGUCCACGCCGCAGCCCAUCAAGGUCCGGCCCGCGCACAGGCUGCCCCAGCACAACACAGCCUCCCUGCACCGGGCCAAGAGCAGUCUCAAGAGGAGCAAAGGGUCGUCCCAUCUCCGUCGCUCCGUCAGCCAGCCGCUCGACCUCGACAAGUCCACCUCCAACCUCAACACCACCCCCAGUUCGACCCUCCGGAGGUGCCGCAGCCCCGACGACCCCUCCAGCAGGCACCACCUCCACCACCAGCGCCGCCCCUCCGUCGGCGACAUCCUCAACGACGACAACACCACUUCGGAGGACGAGAUCGGCAUGUCGGACUCCGAGGACUUCAGAGGCGACUUGAAGAGGAGUCUGGAGGAGGACGAAAAUUUGAUCGUGUACGCUGAGGCUCUGUGGGACCACGUGACCCUGGACGCCGAAGAGCUGGUGUUCAAGGCGGGCGACCUCAUCACCGUCAUAGACUCCGCCGACAAGGACUGGUGGUGGGGCCGGAUCAGCACGCGCGCCGGCUGGUUCCCCGCGGCCUUCGUCAGGAUUCUCGUGAACCAGGAGGACCACCAGGGGGCGCGGCACCCUCGGGAUUCGCGCCACCGGGGUCCCGCGCGCAAGCUGAGCCUCUCCGGCCUCUCGCACGACCAGAUCCGGACCAACGUGAUCAACGAAAUCAUCAGCACCGAGCAGGACUUCGUCAAGCACCUGCGGGACGUCAUCAAGGGGUAUCUGCUGCAAGUUCGGAAGCGCGGCGACAUGUUCAACAAGGAGCGCAUCGCCACCAUCUUCGGCAACAUGGAGGCGCUCUACACCUUCCAGAGCGGCUUCCUCAAGGAGCUGGAGGGCAACAUCGACUGGCAGGAGCCCCACAAGUCUUGCAUCGGCGCCAUCUUCAUCAGGAAUCGGGAGAAGUUUGAGAUCUACAGCGAGUAUUGCAACAACCACCCGGCGGCCACCUCGGCGCUGCAGGAGCUCUACCAGGAUCAGCGCUACGUCCACUUCUUCGAGGCGUGCCGACUGCUGCAGGAGAUGAUCGACAUAUCCCUCGACGGCUUCCUCCUCACGCCCGUGCAGAAGAUUUGCAAGUACCCCCUCCAGCUGCAGGAGCUCCUCAAGUAUACUAAGACCGACCACCCAGACUUCAACAGCGUGAAGGGCGCGCUGGAUGCCAUGCGGGACGUGGCGCUGCUGGUCAACGAGAGGAAGCGCCGCAUGGAGUGCCUUGAGAAGAUCGCGUCCUGGCAGAUGACUGUGGAGGGCUGGGAGGGACCCGACCUUCUGGAGGAGAGUUCCCAGCUGAUUCACCAGGGGGAGGCCACGAAGGGUGCGGGGGGAGCCUGGCCCAAGGACGUCACCCUCUUCCUCUUCGACCACCAGCUCGUCUACUGCAAGCGUGACCUCCUCAAGCGCAACACCUUCGUCUACCGCGGCCGCCUCAACCUGGACAUGUGCGAGGUGGUGGACAUGCCAGCGAAUAAAGACUCCAGCCUCAACAUGAGCAACGGCUGGAAGAUUCACAGCGUGGCCAAGAACAAGUGGUACACCUUCUCCUGCAAGACCGGCACAGAGAAGCUCAAGUGGAUGGAGGCUUUCAGUAAGGAGCGAAAGUUGGUGGCGGCGGACGAGAAUGCUGGCUUCGUGGUGGGUGAGAAGGCAAAGAACCUGGCGAGGGUGGCGGCACGCAACCAACGCAACCGACCCAAGAGACCCAGAACGACCAAAAAUCACAAGCGCGUGCAGGCCAUGACUUAUGCUCAGGCCGAACUGCUAGUCAAUGUUGACCCUGAUGCUCGCUGCAAUAGCCUCCCCUCAGGCGUGCAGGCCCCCGAGGGGAAGAAGAAAGAGGGACCAUUAAGAAACAUGAUCCCUGCUGCUACCGGGCUAAUGGUCUCGACUAAACUUAAAAUAACUGUCUGUGGUUCAGCUUCGGGGGCCACAAGAAGGGUCGGGGCUCCGGACGCACCCUGGGGCAAAUCCAGCACCACCCAGUGUGAGGGGCGGGGCAGUGUGUGGCGGGGCGGGACUGAAGGGGCGACCAGCAACAUGUCUGGCACCCCCUCGCCCACCCGGCCCAUCUGUCCCUCUCUCUUUCCCUCUCGCCCUACGUGGCAUGAGUGAGAGGUGUGUUUGAGAAGCCCACUCAUCACGGCCUCGUCACUGUGCCCACUCAGCCAGUCGCCAGCGUUGUGGAUCUGUUUCCCAGUCACUCAGUCAGCCAGUCAUCUGCGUGCUCGUCAGCUUCCCUGCUUGUGUGUGUUGAGGGAUUAAGGAAAAGGGAGUUGGAGGAAAAGUAUCCAUAGGUGUUUGUCUUUGCUGCAUGCAUAGAAAAAAGUAUGAAGAAAACAUAAUGAAAGAAGAAUGAUGUUAAAAGAAAUUUCGUCAUGUUUCAGCUUGCUUAGACUGAAGGAUAUAGAGCAAAAAUUUCAGGUUGCUUUUAAACCUGAAAAUAAAAACAUAAAUCUAAAAGUAAGUCAUUAAUGUUUGCUUUUUGGCUUGCAUAGAGAAAAUAAAAAAAAGGAAAUAGAUGAACUGCUCGCACAUUAACUCGUACUAAAAAAACGCAUGAAAAGAUAAAGCCAAACUAAUGACAUACAAAGAAGAAACGCAAGCAGCAGCAGCGGCAGCACAACCAGAACAACAGCGCUCGUCUCUGCCGGCGUCACUACUUAACCUUUCCGUGAACUCACUCACUCGUUCGCUCGUCCGUUACACUCACAAACGUAACAACAAGGCGCUUCAGGUGUGUCUAUUUACGGGUCGCAUUUGUACGGCUGAACCAACUAACUAUACAUGACAUUCCACCUCACAAAGCAAGCAAGGUGUGUGUGUGUGGAGAGGAGAGUGGAAGGUUUUAGGAUGGUCUGAAUUACCGUAACUAACCAAAGGACAUCCACUCCCACAAAGCAAGCAAGUCAAGUGUGUGUGGAGAGAAAGUGGAAGGUUUUAGGAAGGUCUGACAUUGUACCCCACAGAGCAAGAUGUACAUGGAAGGUCUUAGUCUGAGAAGGUCUGCAUUAAUUUACUAAAGGACAUUCCACCCUACAAAUGAAGGUGUGUGUGGAGAAGACAAUGAUGGUGUGGAGGGAUGGAAAGUGGAGGGCCAGCAUCUAAGGAAUCAACUAACUAGAUGAUAUUCCACCUUACAAAUGAGAAUGUGUGUGGAGAGAAGGACAGUGGAAGGCCAGAGCAGCGUGGAAGAAGUUACCGUGUUUGAGCGGUGGUAGUGAUGAUCUUGGUGUGGUAGUGGUGGCGGUGAAACCCUCAUUAUAUAUACUCGGCAUCAUUAUUUGAACCUUCUCUCGGACCCGUCUUUGUCUGUCCGUCUGCCUUGGAAGUGUGUGUUAAUGGCAUUCGUUCUCCUCUGUAACCAAAGCCAGUCGGUCCGUCACUUCGUCAGUCCCUUCAGAGGUGCAUCCUUUUAGUUAAGUUUAGUCAGCGCCACAAGAAGGGUCAUAAGCUUUGCCAACGAGAAACAGGACUUGAAAAAAAGGAGUCAUUUUAAAAUCUCGAACCUAUACAAGCGACUUCAGUUUGAGUAGCCCAGCAGCAUGUAGGAGAGUCGCAUCUUGUCUCUUCGUAGCACUACAUAUAUUGCUUUGACCAAGUAAAUUCAGGGGUGUAGUGUAAUUCUUUUUCCAGUAAGAGAGAGAGAGGUGUUGGCUGUGCAGUGAGUGGGUGAAUGAGAACUGACUGAAGGAUGAAGCAGGAGUCAGUCUAGUCAACCUACCUUUGGCUGUUGUUUGAAAAUGUCGUGGAGUGUUAUGAAAAAGGAGAGGCAGUAAUGGUGAUGACUGUGUUGCGUUAGUGAUGGAGGUGGAGGAGAAGCAGUGAUGGUGAAAGGUGGAGAAAUCUUGCGAUGGUGAUGAUGGAGGAGGAGGAGUGAUGAUAGUGAAAAGGAGUAAUAAUGAAAGGUGUAAACUAGUAAUUGGACGGUUUAAGUUGUCGAUAAUGAAAGUAAAGUCGGUAAAGUAACCCCAACACACAGAAACAGUUACUGAGAAUCGCUAAACGGGAGAGACAAAACAGAGCGGAAAAAGGUGGCAGAGUAUCGGCGUGGAGCAAAGAGGAGGACAGAAAUACGUACUCAGUCGUGCCUCAGCAUCCUCCAAAGUGACCAACCACAAUGUCCACUCGUAGCCUGGCCUGUGUUGUGUACUCCUCCGUUACGAACCAUACUCUUCUUCGUCUUAACUUAACGGCUUCAGCUUUCACCUUUGUUGAUAUGGGGUUGCCUCUUUUUUGUGGGGAGUAGAGGGUUGUGGCGUGGGGUAUAAGUCCAGAUGGCGUUCCUGAUGUCACAUGGUGGUAAGGGGGCUUGAACUGUCUUGCCCUGGCUUGACACACUUACCCAGUUGACCACUCAGCCCUCCCUCCUCCUCCCCGGCACUCCCCAUCCCUCAUUCCUCCCGUCAUAAAUAACUACUAAUAACUUGUGUCCCAAACCAAACCAAAGUGGCAGUGUUUUUUCGUGUGUUUUUCUUACCAAAUUUUAUACUGUGGUCUGUCAUGUUUUUUCAUUUAUUUAUUUCUUUAUUAUGCCUCUGCCAGAGUUACAGUGUUCUUGUUCCUUUUUAAUCGUGACAGAUGGUGGUCGUUAAUUUCUCACUCUCGCACACAUUUAAGAUUUAUAUUCAAGGUUUAUUCUGUUCAGGUUUAUAAUUAUUUUUUGAGUUUUGGUGAAUGCUACCUCUUGUUCCAGUGUCAGGUUUCUGUUAAGUUGUGUUUUUUAUAUAUUACUGCAACUACUUAACCCGGUAGCAGCGACGGGCCAAAUUUGUGGCUGUACCGUGUAGCAGCGAUGGGCCAAUUUUGUGCCAUGAUAUAAACCCCAAAAAAUAGAUGAUACAUAAUCUGAUCACAAAUGCUUUUAUAUAUAUUAUGAAAUGGUUUGUGUGAGGGGUGAUUCUCUCAUUUUUCUCGCUUGGAGGUACCAUUAAGAAACAUGAUCCCCGCUGCUACCAGGCUAAUACCAUAAUGCUGCUACUGUACCAUUUAUUCCAAGGUCUAAAUUACUAAUACUGUUCUGUAAUGUUACGUACCUCACACACUCCUCCACACUUAUGCUUUCUUUACCUUGAUCAGUGACAGCAGUUGUAUAAAUUCCCUGAUUAGUUUUGUCGAUAUACUACUUAAUUUUCCACCGUUACCAUUAUCGUUGUGUAGCCUUGCCCUCAUAUCACACACACACGAAGUAGUACGAUUAUCAUUAUUAUUAUUCCCCCUGUAUAAACCCACACCACCAGCCAUAUCCCGAGUGUCUUACGGCAGGCACAAAACCUAUUUAUCCAGGAAAAGCGAAGGUUUUAUAUCGAUACGCUUAAAACUGUAGCUGUAAAUGGGGACGUAUCGGACCGUUUAUUGCUAGUACAUACGAGGUGUGUUUUUCUGGUUUAUUGUCACCAUUAUUACCAAGUGUUUCUUAUCCCCCCCACGUGGGUCUUCUUUACCAUUUGUCUGUUGUGUGUGGAGGGGAGCCGUGUGUGUUGCAGGCCUGUGUCUUCGUGGGCAGUGCUAGCAAGUUCAGUGUGUAGUGUGUUUGUUUCAUGGACGUGAGGAUAAAGGCCUGUGUCGUGUGUGUGUGUGUGUGUGUGUGUGUGUGUGUGUUGUGGGACCUGUGUUGUAGUGGUCAGGGCCUGUGUGGUGUAUUAAGGCCUGUUUCUGUUCCCCCUCCAGUCUGUUCUUGUGUGCUGGACCAGUUUGUUUUGCUCACCACAAAUUUCUUUUUUUUUCUUCUGUGUUCUUUGUCUCACUCAUUGAUUGCAAUAUACAGACACGCACUGCAAAGUUUCCAUUAAGAUAUGAAGCACAAAAACAGAGAGGAUAUGCCCUUGAAGUUAAAGUUAGUGGAAAUAAAAUUUUGAUACUGAAACUGUGAAACUUAAACAUGGAAGAGUUUCAGAAUAGAUACAAAAAACGUACGAGAAAAAAAAUUCUGGUAACUCAAAACUCACAAAAAAAACAAUUUUAGAACAAUGAAAGUAAAAAGUAAACAUAUUUCCCCAUUAAAAAGUCAAUAAUGAGAAUCUAUAUACAAUGAGAAAAAAGCAAGAAAAAACAAAACUCAUUAUCCCACAAGUUCCGUGCAUCCCUCUCUAAACUUUUCUUCUCCCCCACCAGGCCAGAAACAGAGAAUUGCUACUUCCAGAACUAUAAUGUGAUCUUGAAUUGGCCGGGCAUGAACAGUGUACGAGUCAGUGGGUCGGAUGGUUAGUGUAGGUCGCUCUGUUCUCAUCAUCUGUUUUACGUUCAGGUGACGAACGGAGAGCACACACACACACAUGUACACACACAGACAGAGUUUGUUGGUUGGUGUUCUUUCAGUAGAAAUAUGUAUACUCAAUUAUUUUGGUGUGGCGUACAUGUUGGUGUGCUUGUGGAUUGUGCAUGAAAGUUUACGUCAGUGUGUGUGUGUCUGUGUAUAAAGAAGAUAGCACAUAUUUUCUUUGCUGGUGUAGAUGUGUGUGCAUGUGUGUGUGUGAGCCUUCCGGUCCUGGUGUGUGUUUGUGUGUGUUCAGUGUCAGUAGGAAGGAGAAGUGUUAGUAGGAGGGAGGGAGCGCCGACUCACCUUCCUCACUCCGUCGGUUGAAUUAGUGGACCACUUGAUAUACGUUUCCUUUAUCCAAUUCUCGUUGUUGGUCGACACACAUGCCUUGGCUGUCUGUAUGCCGUGCGUCUGUCUGUGUGUUUGUUAGUCUGUGUGCAUGUACGUUUGGCUGUUCUUAUAUGUCUGGGGACGUAUUCCUCUCUCGUGCCUGUCUUUCAUAAGGUUUAUCUACGACUGGUAAAAGAUUGUGUAAAGUACUACUAUUGCUGUCUCUUCAUGGUGAUUUUUGAUGAUAUGUUUUAGUGGUGUAAUGGGAUGAUGAAAUGCCUCAAAAAUUACUUAAAAAAUUACUUAAAACAUCGAAGUAUUGUUGUUUUUGCAUUCAGGUGUAUGAACGUGUGAAUUUGUUUUUCCAUUGACUGUGUAGAUUAAAUGAAAUGAGUCAGAAAUUUUGUUUUGAUAGAAGUUACGUAGUGGGAAAAGUAAUGACGAAAUGCUUUGCAAAUUACUCCAAACAUCAACACUUUUGCAUUAGUCUAUAAAAGAUUGAAACUGUUCACGCAUCGAUGUUUGUAUAAAGAUGAUGGAAAGGAGUCUCGGAAAUUUGGUAUUGAUAGAAGUUAGUGGAAAAAGUAGUGACGAAAUGCUUUGAAAAUUACUCCAAACAUCGACAUAGUUCUGCAUUUGUCUAUCUAAGAUUGAAACCUUAUGGAUCGAUGUCUACAGAGGUGAUGGAAAUGUGUCCCAGAAAUUGUUUUAAUAGACGAUAGAAGUUUUGACCAGAAGUAAUUAAAAAUCAACGUAGUUUUGCAUUCUUCAGCAAAAGAUUCAAACUUUUUGUGUCUGUACAGAAAGAAUAUGAAAUUAGUUGCAGAAAUCUUGUUGCUUUCAUAAAUUUAUAUAUAAACUGAUGAUUAGCUUUUUUGGUGUUAUGUUGAGGUUGUUGAUAAUAAUAGUAAUUGUGAUGUGAUGUACUAUAUAGUUGGUUAUAUAGUGAAUCUAGAAUGGAAGGAGGGAAAGGGGUAAAACAUGGGAAGCGAACAUAAGAGGUAGGUGUGUGUGUGUGUGUGUGUGUGUGUGUGUGUGUGUGUGUGUGUGUGUGUGUGUGUAUGUGUAUGUGUGUGUUAGCAUAGCAGCUGGACCAAUGAAGUGAUACUAAACGUUAAUAAAAAAAACGCUGAUAGGAAUAAGGUUGGAAAGAGGUGAAGGUUGAUAAGAAAGCUGUUGUUGUUGUUGUUUCUGCUUUUUAUACAACCGUUUCCAUUAUUAUUGUUGGUGUUCUUAUUCUCGUCUCCAGAGAUGCCUGUAAAACCUUUCCCAAUUUUUACUUUUUAUUAUUACUUAACCUUGCAUAUUAUCUUCCUCUCUUGAGUGGAAGGAAGUGGAAGAAUUACCUGCCCAAAGAGAGAGAGAACCUUUUAUGAACCAGACCUGAAAAGUGAUUUUUAAACCUGUAAAUAUUAUACGUAUAAGGUUUAUAUUCCAAUUAUUAUUAUUAUUAUUAUUAUUAAUAAUUAUUGUUCUUAUUAUGUACAGUGAUGUGAAUAUAUGUAUUCAUUGUAUAUUUGUACAUACAAAAAUUUUCCUAUGUGGUCA